AUGGCGGAUAGCCGCGUCUCCCCUUACUCCCUGAACGACCUCAAAAACACCACCGACGACGCGCUUGGGAACUACCUUCGAGGACUCUCCUUUAAGCAAGACAACUCGAAACUCGAUGUGCGACUGGCUCUGGGAUAUGUGGCGGUGAUCAUUGCAGGGGCAACAUUCGCUGCCGAUUACAAGUUAGGAUGGGAGGCCACGAAGUACUGGACGGCUGUUGCAGUUGCGGCUUAUGCAGUGCUCAACACCGGCCUCACAUACUGGAUGUACAUGGUUGAGAAGGGACUCGUAUUCGAGGGUGAUCGAAGCGGCAGCAAGGUCUCGAUCGCUUCCAAGACCAAGAAACACGAUCCAACCUACUACCUCACCGUGACAGUCACCAAGCAAAACGAGACACCGAGCACAUGGCAGAUCAAAGCCCCCUUUACGACCUGGUUCACGGCAGAUGGCUUCUUCGUUGCAAAACCAUUUCAACAGUGGUUGGCUACCAGUAUUGAAGCGGUAGGCGACGCCGACGCAAAGAACGCGAGCAGGGAUGAGAGGGACGAGCUGGCUUCUCCGACAGCGAAAGUACAGGUGCAGCAGCAGAACGACGGGCACGUGGACUCGACGGGAGCUGACAAGGGCAAGGGGAGCAAGAGAACGAAGAGAAAGGGAUAG